CAAUGCGUUAUAUUUAAUUUACAUCUAUACCUUUAACUUCCUUGUCUAAUUCUACGGGGGCUUUCGUCAUUUUCCUUCUAUUGCUAGUUUAAAUAUGUUACCACGUAUUAUUCGGUCAACAUGAAUGUUCAAUGGCUUUUUAUCUUGGCUAGCUUCGGCCGAUUGAAUGCAAACGGAAAUGUUGAUUUAACAGUUGAAAAUGUCCUGAAAUUCUACGGAGCUAGUGAAGACGAACCUUUUAUGGCACGUAAUUGUGACACAACAGACCAGAAAAAAGCUCCAAUCGUUCUCAAUUCCAUAGAAAUGUCUCCACACCCAAUACAACUCGGAAGGUUCCUCUUUGUGAAUGUUUCAGUAUAUCUUAACAAAGAAAUAGGCGUCUACAGUAAAAUUGAGAUUGGAAUGAGCAUCAGACUGAAAACACCUCUGGGUUAUACUGAGUUGUGUGAUUUUGUCGGUGAAGAAUUCUGUCACACUAACGACUUAUGCGACCAUAUUGCCAAAUACAAAGACCGCUGUCCUGUUGCCAAAUGUACAUGUCCUUUACCUCAGGGACAAUACAAUCUAACACAAUUCCCAAUUGUCGUGAAAAAACUUCCAUUUGAUUUGUACGGGUCAUUCGAAACUACCAUCAAAAUAUCAGAGCGAGGAAAACAUCUCGGCUGUAUAGAAUCACACUUUUGUAUUGGGAGCUGCGUACCACCAAUAUUUUAACCUUACACGCCAAGUAUGGUCAAGUACUAUACAGCUGAUGUGCCGAAACGUCGAAGAGGUUUACUUGUUAAAUAAAGAAAAUGGCGUUCCAAACAUUUAAUAAAUGUCAAUGAAACUUAACAAGACAUUAUCAACUGGUUUCCAGUUUCAUUUCCUCUCAUGCUUUUGAUCAUUUUUAUUGAAUGUAUGUUGUGUAUUAUUUUUUGUAAAUACCAUGUAAUAUAAUGAUAUAAUUAAAUCUCUUUCUUAUGAUA